AUGACUGCUGACAUCGAGGCGAACAAGGCCUCGGCCGCCGAGAUUGACAAUGUCAAGACUUUGGCCGAUUCCGCUGAGCACGCUGAAGGGAAUGCUUUCCUAGUUGAUAAGCAUGGCGCUGUCCGCAGGGUCCCUGUGCCGUCUAACAACCCCAAUGACCCGCUGAAUUUCAAGCCGUGGGAGAAGUGGGCCGUCAUUGUUACUUGCUGUUGGUUCUGCAACUAUAUCAUCCUUCCCGUAUCACUCGCGUAUGGACGCCGGCCCGUGUUUUUGGUAUCUAGUGUGAUCCUUCUCGCGUUUACCAUUGGAUCGGCUGUUUCAAACUCGUACGAGGCCCAUCUGGCGACUCGUAUUGUGCAAGGGUUCGCAACGGGUGCUUCAGAGUCGUUGCUUCCGCUCAUGAUCACCGAGGUCACCUUCCUUCAUGAGCGUGGCAAGAUCUUUGGACUAUACUGGACGGCCCAGACCAUUCUCGGAAGCUGUUUCGCCCUAGCGAGUAGCUAUGAGGUCGCCGCUCUCGGCUGGAGAUCCUACUACUGGGUCUUCGCCAUUGCGAUUGCUCUCGGUCUGGCGCUAACCAUAUUUUUGUACGGUGUCACUCGUAUCAUUGCCGAUGAUGAGGCGCAGGAAUAUUUUGAGCAACAUGGUGCCGAAACAGUCUCCGACGACGAUAACGCGCCUAAACUGUCGUACGGCCAGAUGCUGAAGCCCUGGUCAAAGCCUCAUCCUACGCCUUGGAAAGUUAUGGUUGGCUCGUGGGUCCACAUGUUGCAGAGCUUGACAUCCCCCGCUAUCCUGUUUGCUGUGCUGUCUAGCUCGGCCGUGCUUGGCCUCGUUGUAUGCAUAUCUUUGACAUACGAUGCGGUCUUGCAGGCUUAUGGCUGGGCUGCUAAAGAUAUUGGCCUGAUCAACGUGGCCUCUAUCAUUGGUGGACUCCUCGGUUCCGCGUACUGCACUCUGCUUGGUGAGCCCUUCGUCCUGUGGAUGGCCAAGCGCAAUCACGGAAUCCACAAGCCAGAACACCGACUCAUCGUCCUCGUCCCGAUGGCGAUCCUUGGCGCUGCAAUGCUCCUCGUCUAUGGGUUCGGGGCGGAGAGAGGUAUGAAUGGCACUGGAGGUUCAUUUUGGACUCCCUUGCUCGGCUGGGCCUUCUUCCAAACGGCUUGGAUCAGUGUGCUUAUUGUGACUACAACCUUUGCUUCAGAGGCUAGUCCUAAACACCCUGGCCCGGCGCUUGUCAUGGUUGUCGGCACUAAGAACAUUGUUUCGUUUGGUGUCGCAUACGCAAUGACACCCAUGGUUGAAAAGGGUGGAUACUCGUGGACCUUUGGCGUCCUCACUGGCGUGUAUGGUGCUAUUUUCCUCCUGGGGAUCCCGGUCUACUUCCUGAAUCCGAAGUGGCGCCAGUAUAUGGCCAAGAGGGAGCAGAAGAAGGGUAUCACUACCUCGGAUUAG